CACGGUCUCAGCUGCUGGGAGCGACCUCCUCCGCACUCCCAGUCUCCUCUGAAUGAUUUAGCCAGCCGUAAUUCACCCGGCCACGCUGUGGUCCAGGUAUCUGUCUAUUACAGUUCCAGAUCGCAGCUGUUUAAAGACAGAACAUGCCUGGAGUUCUGAAAAAAAAGACACUUCUGAGGAAGAGAACACAGAUCUUUCUGGAGUAUCCCCCUGGAAAAUGGCUCUCCGCUGCAGCCCAGCUGUUCCAAAAGAAUUGCUGCCUCGUGGAGGAGGAGAUGGUCAUUGAAAAUUAUAUCUUUUUUUUUCAUGGCCCAUGUCUGUUUUCUGUGUCUACGGUUGCCAGUGAAGAAAGGCUUUGCAUUCGGAUCCACUGCAUUGAUUUUCAAUGCCACGGUAACUCAGGAGGUAAUGAGAACCGAACAGAGCCGGGGUGGAGCACAGCAGGGGAGGAGGUGCACCCCAAUCUUUUUUCUCCCUUCUUCAACAGCCGACAAUCAUGUCUUUCUUUUGUAUUAGUCAUGCCCCCCUGCUGGGAGAGUGGACUUGACAGAUCGUUUUUUUAUUUUUUAUUUUUUUUUUCACCUCCCUGUCCUCUCCCUUCUCAUGAAAGGACGCAUGAGCCAUCCCAAAGUCAAGGUUAUUUUCCUUUGCGUGCUUUUUUCCCUUUGAUGCAACUCUGUUUUGAAAUCACCGAUUGUGUGCCAGACUCAGUUCACUGCAACAUCCUCGGAACUGACAGAGGAGCUCUGAGGCAAGACAAAUGUAGCCUUCAGAUACAGACGCAUGUAGACAAUGGCUUCUGUUUCCACUACAAGUCAGAUAACACAACAUUACAAUGGAGUGGGUGCUCAUUGGAGGCUAGGUUCUACUCCACCAAUGUCAUCCAUGCAGCUCACAGGCACCUGCUCAGUUGCGGUGUGCCUGAGAGCAGUGAGAUGAGGAGACCCUGGCCAGCCUUCACACCCCUAUCCCCAGCGGUUCCACUGUUGGACAUUGUAGGCCUCAGUGUUCAAAGCACAUGCCUUACUGACUUAGCCACUCAGGAGUAAAGCCUAUUCUUCAAUGCGUUAGGAGAGAUUUCCUUUCUGGUGACUGUGCCAUUCCACUAAGGGUUGCAUUAGAAGUGCCACAAGGAGCUACAUUGCAUUACAUUAUUAGCAUUUUGCGGAUGCUCUU